AUGAAGCUCCCUUUUAGCAUAAUUUUGGGUCCCAUAUUAAAAACAUAUUUUAGAAGUUCCAAAGUGUUUUGCCAACAUUACGCGUUUUCUGUUAGUGUCCCCUACACAUACAUUUUUAGUGCUCUCGGUUUGUGCAUAAAUGUCCAUCAUUUAAAGAAACAUUUUGGCGAGACACCACUAAUUUAUGAGGUAUCAAAAGAGUCGAAUGAAAUUAAAAGAAAUGAUAUGCUUGUGCAUGAUUUAAAAAUAAUUGCAAUAUCUAUGGGUUUGAUUCAGUAUAUUUGUCUUCUUGUCGGUUGUUUUACGACUGGUACGGUGAGCAACGAUAGUGACGGUAUCCGUGUGAAGUUGCGUGCCCUACUUGUAGCCCUGUUAGGGAUUUCCAUGUCAGCUUGUGCAUUUGCGUCGCAACCCGUCGAACUUGAGCUGGACGAUGACGAAGUUAACCAAAGACUUAAUAACGUUAGCUUUGCUAGACGAAUUACGAAACCGACAAUCCGCCUUGUGAUGGGAUACGGAAAACUAAGCGCUUUCGUAACAGCUACCACGUCUCUUUUACUACUCAUUGCUGUGAUGUCCAAGCAAUCAUGGUGGCGACGUGGUGCAAGGUGGCUAGCGGCACCAGCAUUGCUCGUAGCGGCCCUUGAAGUAGCAUCAGAUGCUAGCGACGCAUUACUCGCAGCAUUGUUACGGGGACCUAAUGAACCUGCGCUUGUCGCAGGGCAAACUGCCGCCGCUUGCUUUCUGAUCACUGUUGAGAUUCUUGUCUGGUAUUUUAUAGCGAAGUUCUUUGAAUAUAAUCCAACUCCAUCCGAAACGUUACAGAAAGAACCUUCACCCAAACCUGUAAUUACUUAUCCUCAGUAACGUCAAAUAUGUAUUUUUAUUUUAGUUUCUAGCAACUAUUCUGAAAACUGUAUUCCCCUUAAAAUGAUAUUUUCAUUGAUAUUGUCAUGUCCACCGAUUAGAUUUGUAUAUAAUAAAUUCCGAAUUUAAUUCCUUAUAACUUAUUGUUGUUAUUGGUAUAUAAGACAAAUAAAAAUUAUGAAUAUGUUGUGUGAAUACGGAAA